UUAAAGAAACGUACCCCAUCAUGAUUAAUUUACCUAUGGAUAUACUGAAAUAUACAAUUCAGUAUAUUCGAGAGGCCGAGAAGACGCGCAACUGGAGAACAUCAUAACGCAUUAAUUCCGAGUAGGAAAGCUUUCCCUUCCAGGUGACCUUAAAAUCAACCUCAAAUCCCUCAAAGAAUAUAAUCCUAUUUCCCAUUAUCAAAUCCACUGACAACAAAAGAAGAAAAAAAUGGAAACCUGGUUCCUCAUCAUCGUCACUCUCUGCAUCUCUUCUCUCAUCAAAUCCCUUUUCAAUCUUUUUUUUCAAUCCAAGAAGCAGAGCCUCCCUCCAGGUCCUGUUAAGUUCCCCAUCAUAGGCAACGUUCUAUGGCUUCGAAAAUCCUUCUUCGAGCUCGAAUCAAUCAUCCGCUCUCUCCACAAAGAACUGGGCCCUAUGAUCACUCUCCACAUCGGUUCCCGCCCCAACAUCUUCAUCGCUGAUCGCUCUCUUGCCCAUCAAGCCUUAGUCCGAAACGGAACAGUUUUUGCUAAUCGACCGCGAGCUCCUGCUACUACUAAAAUUACUACUCACAAUCAACAUAGUGUCAAUUCCGCCUUUUAUGGUCCUACUUGGCGUCUCCUUCGCAGGAAUCUUACGUCCGAAAUCCUCCAUCCUUCGCGGGUUAAGUCUUACUCUCAUGCGCGCAAAUGGGUGCUCGAAAUCCUCCUCAAUCGCUUUGAAUCGCAGUCCAAAUCUGGGGACCCUGUUCUUGUUGUAGAUAAUUUUCAAUACGCCAUGUUUUGUUUAUUAGUGCUUAUGUGUUUUGGAGACAAGCUAGAUCAAAAACAGAUUGAGGAAAUAGAGAGAGUAGAGCGUACAGGGCUUCUGAGUAUUCGUAGAUUCGAUAAGCUUAAUUUCAUGCCACGGUUGACAAAGAUUGUGUUUAGGAAACGAUGGUCCGAGUUCUUGCAGCUACAAAAGGACCGAGAAGAGGUUUUGAUCCCGUUGAUAAGAGCAAGAAAGAAGGUGAAUGAAGAGAUAAAAAGCAAGAAUUGCAAUAAUGAGUUUGUCUUAUCUUAUGUUGACACCUUGUUUGAUCUACAACUUCCUGACGAGAAAAGAAAGCUUAGAGAGAAGGAAAUGGUUGCUUUAUGCAACGAGUUUCUGAAUGCCGGCACGGAUACUACUUCCACUGCCCUGCAAUGGGUCAUGGCAAAUUUGGUCAAAUACCCAUAUAUUCAAGAAAAGCUUUUUAUGGAGAUUAAAAGUGUUGUUGCUGAUGGAGAAGAAGAAGUAAAAGAAGAUGAUUUGCAAAAGAUGUCAUAUUUGAAAGCUGUAAUUUUAGAAGGUCUAAGGAGGCACCCGCCAACUCAUUUUGUGUUGCCACAUGCUGUGACUGAAGAUGUAGUUUUGGGUAAAUAUUUAGUACCCAAAAAUGCCAAUAUAAACUUCAUGGUAGCAGAAAUGGGUUGGGAUCCGGAGGUGUGGGAGGAGCCCAUGGCAUUUAAGCCUGAAAGAUUUAUGGGCAGUGAUAGUAAUGGAGAAGUGUUUGAUAUAACUGGAAGCAGGGAAAUUAAGAUGAUGCCAUUUGGUGUAGGAAGGAGGAUUUGCCCAGGAUACGGAUUGGCAUUACUUCAUUUGGAGUAUUUUGUGGCUAAUUUAGUUUGGAAUUUCCAGUGGAAAGCUAUUGAUGGAGAUGAUAUUGAUCUGUCCGAGAAGCAACAAUUCACAAUUGUGAUGAAGAAUCCAUUGCAGGCUCACAUUUCUCCCAGGUUCAAAAGAAAUAAUCAUAAUAUCUAGUGGUUUACUUGUGUUCCCUGUGUAAUUCCUGUUGGAAUUGAAAAAUUAGUUUUCAGUCUAAUUGUUUCAAAAGUUUUAGUACAGCAAGGUGAUAUUAUAUGUUUUCUGCUUGUGGAUUGGUACAUAAGGAUGUCAAUGAAAAUAAAUUAGAAAGUAAACUUUUGCAAA